CCCUCUGAAAUGUAGUGGCAGAAAGUGGAAAUACUCAAGCAAAGUACUUCAUUAUUGUACUUUAGUACAUUGCUUGAUUAAAUGUACUUAUUUACUUCACACCGUUGAUGAUAAAACAUCCAUGGUUGAAACCAUGUAUGUAAAGACGUAUAUAAAUCCAUAUACAGUGUUUUAUUAAUUGCAUGUUUGUCGAGGCCUUUAUUUGAAUGUUGUCACCGGAAGUCUUGAUUCUCGUCCCCAAAGCAAAUUUUAGUUGAGCCACACGCAUGCGCACUCCCUUAAUCUACAUAAAACAUCCUCGGUGGGCAUCUUGCGCUGAUCUGGUGCUCUGCAACAUAUAAUCGACUGAGUCACGGUAACUGAUCACAUCAUCACUAUGGCAUCCAGUGGUUAUCUGCAGGCAGCGGUGCUCCUUCUGGCGGUCCAGCUCCUCUGUCUCGGUGCAGCUGAUGCGGAUCAGGAGAGCGGGACUGUCAUCCCUGCCGAAAGUCGCCCAUGUGUGGACUGUCAUGCAUUUGAGUUUAUGCAGAGGGCACUGCAAGAUCUAAAGAAGACCGCUUUCAACCUUGAUGCCAGGACAGAGACGCUGGUGCUGAGGGCAGAGAGGAGGGCUCUGUGUGACUGUAUGCCCACCAACUCACUGCGCUGAACUCUGCACUUCACCACCACGAGUACACCUGAGGACACUUCCACCUGUCAUCACACUGAAAACGACCCUGUUAUAAAACCUCUACUCAUGCACAGCGAUUUUCAUCUUAACUUAUUUACACAAUAGGCACUUUAUUUUCUUUUUCUCUCAUAUCACUGUUGAGUGAAGCUUUGAUUUGAAGUCAUGCAUCAUAAGGCAUGUUAUUGUUUUGCCUUAUUUGGGACGACUUUUAUACCACAAAUGUUUUACAUUGUGAAACACAUGCCUGUGAAAUUAGUUUGAUUGUCUCCAUCGUCAUAGGAUUUGGCUCAGUUCUCCUAUGAAGCAUAAACUAUUUUUUGUACUUUUUAGUAUUUAACUGUAUAAUGUAGAUACAGUAGAAUGCAUCUGUAAAUUCACUUGUUGAAUGUGUUGUAUGAGAUUUAUGUUUACGACGAUUAUACACAUCAAACUGUAGCAUCACAUGGAAUUUAUUUAACUGCUCAAAAUAUUUCAAAAACAGUUUUUAGUUCAUUAAAUUACCUUUUAGGAAUCAUCAAAUCUUCACUGGUUAAAAUGAAUUGAUUAGCAGCCUGGCUUCUUUUGCAAAAGAGGUUGGGUAACUUGUUAAGGAAAGUUAUUUUUCUUUGUAAUAACCAUGACGAUUGUUUUUGUAAAGAAAUAGUCAGCAGAAAGUUCACCAGAAGUUCAACAAACAAUAUUUUCAGAUUUUGUAGGUUUUGAUUUAGCACUGCACUGUAGCAUGAAUUUACUGCACUUUUUGUUAACCUACUGUUAAUAUAGAUUGUAUGUAUAGAUUCUGUAUAUGUACACGGGUACAUGUAAUGGAGGUGUCUACAGACUUUGUCUUCUCUUGUGUGACAAAGGUGUAUGUGAUGAACGGUACAGUAACAAAAGAACUGCAGUAUCGCCAGGGGAAGGGAGGACGGAUAGAGGAAUGCAAGCUACAGCAGGGGACAUAGAGAUAGAAAUAAUAGUUGUCUUAUUGUUGCUUGUUCAUGAACAGUGUACUUUGUAAACAUUAUGUCACAAGACGCCCCAUUUAUUGUCUUAAUGUUGAACCAAUCAAUAAAAACAAUGAAUGAUC